UUUUUUUUUCUUUUUUUUUUUUAAAUGUCAUGUCAGUAUUAGCGGCGAUAUUAAUUUAAUUUAAAGUUGUUAAGGGGGUAAAUAAAUGUAUAUUUAGUUAAAGUGUUAAAAGUAAGUUGAGCGAACAAGUUUAAAAUAUUUUUAUGACUUUUCUAAAUUAAAAAAAAAUAAAUUUAAUGGACUAAAAUAGAGAUAAUGCACAAUUACUCCCUCCAAAUUAUAUAGAAAAUUGAUGUGAAACAUAACUUUAAUAAAAUGGGUAAAGUUUUUAAAGUUUAGGUGUAUUUUUCACAAUUUUCGCUAUAGUUUAGUGGUGUAGUUGCGCUACGUCGCUAAAAUAUAAAAACAAGAGUAGCAUCAUUUACACCUUCAACAAUGUCUCUAAACUGAUUAUUCUUAACUGUAAACCACCCAUUCCCUCUUUCAAGAAGAGAAGAAUUCACCAAGAAAGAACAAUGCCAACUCUGAACCUGUUCACAAAUGUACCAGUAGAUGCAGUAGUUGCUUCUGAUAUUCUCAAGGAUGCUACUAAAGCUGUUGCUAAAAUCAUUGGAAAACCUGAAUCAUAUGUGAUGAUCUUGUUGAAUGGAGGAGUUCCUAUUGCAUUUGCUGGUACGGAAGCCCCUGCUGCAUUUGGAGAAUUAAUCUCCAUUGGAGGUCUUGGACCUAGUGUGAAUGGCAAACUCAGUUCAACCAUUGCAGAGAUUCUUCAGACAAAGCUGUCAAUAGACAGCGACAGAUUCUAUAUAAAGUUUUAUGAUUCUCCACGCCCAUUUUUUGGGUUCAAUGGCUCAACUUUUUGAUGAGCCUGCUUAACUAUAACUGCUCUGGGGUCUGGAGAAGGAAUUUCUUGGUUGAGCAGCAGCUUAAGACUUCAUUUGCUCUCAACUGUGACUGUCUCACAGAAGAAGUGAACCUUUCUGAAAUGUUCAAUUGUGAUACUUUUAUACACAUAUUGUGCAAGGUCUGUAAAAAUUUUUGCUUGAUUGCAGGUUUCGUAGCGCUAAGAAAUAGAAAAUUGUAAUGCAUAUUUCAGCAUUAACGAAUGUCCAGCACAGGGCUACGUUCCAAAUUUA